CAUGACUGAAUAUUUCUUCCUGGUGCUGAGAGCGGUCUGCGGCCAUGAGAGCAAAACAAACCGGAGCAGCGGGACUGUGUGAGCGGAGUUUAUCCAGGUUAUAGAUUUAAAACACCGAGAAUACUGCUCCUGAGGGUCCGGGGGAAGAAGCACUGGAGCCGGUCUGAGCACUGUAGCAGCCCCGCGCCGCCUGGAGCUCAGUAAAUACAGCUGUGUGUGUUUGUUCAUCAUCAUCCUCCUCGUCCUCAGGCCCUCAGUGCUUUAAUCUCUGCUGCUCUUAACGCUGUUCUUUACUGGAAACAUGAUCCCUCAGCGCUCAAAACAGCCCCUGCCCGCCGCUCUCACCCUCCUCCUGCUGCUGGCUGUAACGCUACAUCCAAGCUUGUCCAAUGAUGUGCCGACCACCACAUCUCCUCCACCUCCCCCCUCACCCCCCGGCAAACCCCAGCGAGGGGACUACAAUGUUACCAACAACGGCACUGCCUGCCUGAUGGCAAGCAUGGGACUGCAGCUCAACAUUACCUACAUGUCUCUCACUCAGGGCAAGGCCGUCCAAGAGAUCAUAAACCUGCAACCAAACCUGACCAAGCACUCUGGAUCCUGUGAAGCUGACAGUGCCACCCUCAAACUCACAGAAGACAACACUAACCUGACUUUCAUAUUCUCUUUGAAUUCUACAUCUAACAAGUAUCGCCUCAGUGGGCUGGAGCUCUCAGCCAAGUCAUCAGACAUGGCUCAGCCUCUUUCAGUCAGUAACACCAGUCUGGAUUACCUGCAGGGAACUGUGGGGUUCUCCUACAUGUGUCGUGAUGAACAGUCCUUAAAAGUUGGGCAGAAUUUCUCCCUCAGUACCUUCCAGCUUCAGGUGCAGCCGUUUAAUGUCACUGGAAAUCAGUUCGGAGCAGCUGAAGAAUGUGCGCUGGAUGAAGAUAACAUGUUGAUCCCCAUCAUCGUGGGAGCCGCCCUGGCUGGCCUGGUGCUGGUGGUGCUGUUGGCCUACCUGAUUGGGAGGAAGAGGAGUCAUGCUGGAUACCAGACCAUCUGAACCUGCUCACGUGAGCUUCCAAGCCAGAAGGUGCAGCUGCCUCCGCCUCCGCCUCCACCACCACCACCACCACCACCACCACCACUACUACUACUACUACUACUACUACAUCAUCUACCACCACCUUGUGGACUCAAAACGCACAACACCUAAACCUGCUCAUUUUAACCCGCCCUGCUCAUUCCUACGCUGCCAUUCCCUUGAUUGCCUGAGGUGGCUCUGUGUCUUCUGGACUUUGAGUUGUAUAAACGUUGGAAAAUAGUGUAAGAAUAUAAUAAUAAUGAUAAUAAUAAUAAUAAUCCUGUGCCACUGAGACUUUCUGAAGUGGGUGACAUUUAGCAUCACUACAAGGUUGUUAUAGCUUGCAUAUCUCAUAUAUCAGAUAAACCAUAGCCUGACUGAAAACUGACUCUCAGUAUAGAAUCUCCUGUUAAAGUGUGGCUUAGUUGAAAGAAGCUAGAUUUAACCCAGGCUUGGAUCACUCGACUGCAGUAAAGUUACGGUUAAGGCUUCUACAGGUCAAAAACGUCUGAUUAAAGAACGUACUGUUGGGUGUAGGAGGAUUAUUUAGGGACAAUAGCUGCUAUAGCUUUGGUUGUUUUAUUUUUUAUUUUUUUUCAGCACAUCUAAAAGGGAGUACGUAACGCUUGUCUUGCUCCUAACCUCAUGAUCUAUGCUGGAAAUGAUGAUGGUAGGUGUUAGUUUAGAGUCUGGUGUUCUUUUUUGUUUUUUUUUUGUUUCCAAGUAAAAUUCCACAGCCAGCCUUGGUCACUGCAUAUUAUGGUAUGCCUGUUGAUGAUGUGAAGGAGAGCUGUUAAAAAAAUACUAAAGCCCUCCCAAAAUGGUCAGCUCCCUCCUCCUUAGCCCUGCACUUAAAUAUGUUACAUUCUAGAUUAAAUUGUAAGUAAUGGGGGGUUUUCUUUCUAAUCCUGCUAUUAUUGCGUCUAAAACAAUGAAAACAUCAUAGGAUCAUAUUGAGCAUGAGAAUAAAAAAUAAUAAUAAUAAAAAGAUGUACAAAACAGUGAGGGCAUUUACAUGCACUUAGAAAUCCAUUCACUAUUGGAUUACUGCAGUUAUCUGAUUAUUUAAGUAGUUCAGAGAACCGGUAGAUAAAAAUAAAUCAGAUUUAGGAAAACGAGAGAUAAAGAGAGCUCAGUUUUAGCUCAGAUUUCUCAUAACCCUUUUCUAACAUUGUGAAUGGACUCCAUUCCAGAUUGUGCACCUAAUUUUGAACCAUUUGGUGCAUUUCAACAAAAAUAAAUAGGUUCUGCAUCCGAAAAUAGUAGGUUUUCUUUUAGUGCAAACUGAGGGCCGUUGUGUUAAACUCUCUCUCUUGAUACCGUAUUCUGUGACAUAUUCUCAAUUCCGCUAAAACUGGUGUAAAACAGACUGGUUUGCCGAAAAGCACCAAGGUUCUUAUGAGCCUGAAUGAAACCAGUUCCAGAAUCAGAGUUAUUUUGGUCAAAAAUGGUCAAAAAUCAGUCUGUGCAUAAGUGAAAACAGACCCUGGUGCUUAAAAUAAGCAAACUGCAUUUAACACAGCACCCACCACAAGAUGGCGACAAAAGACCUCCACAGUGUCAAUGAAAUCUAUGGAUCUUCUUUCUGAUAUAUGUUCAGAUUGAGGCUCAUUUUGUUUAAAAAAAAAAAAAAAAAGGAAAGAAAAAAUGCCACAUGAAGAUUGGGUUAUACUUCUUUUUCUCUGAGUUUAUUGGCUGGGGCAAAUCAAAAAAUCCGAUUUUAUGCCUGACUCACAUAAACUCUUGAGUUUUCCCAUUAUAUAAACUGUGAGGUUAUCAGCAGUAAUCGGAUUUAUAAAGUGCAUGUAAACACACUCAGUAACUUAUAGGGGUGGGCAAUAUAGUCUAAAAUAUUCUAAAUAUUCUAAACAUAUAAUAUCAUAAUACUGGAAGGCAUUUUUUAGGACAUGCACAUAAUAUAAUAUGUUAUAGUAUUUUAUAUAAUUUGAGGGCUAUUGAACUACAACAGAGAAAAAAGCCUGGUGCAUUAAUGGUACAUUUACAAAACAUUUUGUCAUAAAAAUGUGAUUACAGUGAUUUUUAUUCAAUGUUUAUGUAAUUCCGCUUUCUUUAUAAUAAGUUAUGCAGUUAGACAGUGUUCAAAAAUGCACACUAAGCCAUGAUUUAUCUCAAAAAGGAUCAAAUCAUCUUAUUGCCCACCACUUAUGACUUGAAUUUGGCAUGUGAGUCAGCUUGUCUGUUAAUAAAAAAAUAUAUAUAAAAUAUUUACUUGUUACAGUACGACCCGAUGUUUGCAAACAAAUGUAUUUAUUAAUAUUGAUCAUUUGUAACAAACACUCUGAUACGUACAUACAUAAAUACACACAUACAUUUUUGCAGCUUAAUGUUAAUCAUCAGACCUGCUUACCCCCCAUCCAGCAUGUUAUGGAUUUGUGCACACUGAGGGAUAUGAUGAUUGGAUAAGUGGUUACAGGACUAUACAGAAGUUUUUGGAUUCUGUAUUGUGCUAAAUGAGGGUUUGUUAUACACUAAUAUGAAGCAGGAUUGGUUUGAUUUUUGAUUCAUUGAGAGGGACAAGUAUCAUUUAACGCUACUUUACAGCCUGAGAGGGGUGACAAAUAUGUAAAUUGAGUUACUGUUACAAAGGACGCACUGAAUAUAUGAAAGGAGUGUUAUAAUCUGCUUUUGCUGGUGUGUUACUGUGUGUUCUCUCUGACAGCUGUGUCCCUGCUUUGGGGCAGAAAAUGAGAAUGAUGUGUUGCAAUCCACUGCUAAUAGUUCUCAUUAUUGUUUUAAUAGAGAAUGUGUCCAUUUCUUAAUGUAAUGACAAAUAAAAGGGAAGAAUGGAGUUUGA